CUUCAAUGGGGAAACGAAGAUAAAGACGGAUCGUUCUCGGUGUCAUUCUAGCUACUAAGCAAGAAGUUGUUGAGAAGAUAUUGCUACGUCUACUUAUAUCACCAAAGACCAAAGAAGAUGUGCUACUUGUAUACUAACCUACUUGGCAAAAGGUGUGGCUACAACUUCGCAUAUCAUAUCGCCAAAGUUGUAGAUAGUCUAUCACCGAAGAGUAAGAGUUGUUUGAGGAUUAUGCAGCUAAAUUGUCUCUGA